UUCUAUUAACUUCCUGUAUUUGCUUUCGGUCAUAUGGUCCUGUUAUGCUUUACGAGCGGAGUGUGGUGCAAGAUUAUCUCUUAGAGAACAUGGACCACGACGAUGACGAGUGCUGUGGUUGGUGUUUUUCUUGUUUCAACGAGGAGCAACCGAACAAACGCAAUGAAGCCCGACAGGAACAGGAGAUUCAGGAGCUCCGAAUAGAAAAUGAAAAAUUGAAAAGAGAAAAAGAUGAUGCUUUAACAAGAUUAAGCGAAGUCAUGUCUGUAAAACUGAGAGACAACAAUCCGAACAUCGCCGAUCUCAGUGACCUCUUCAGACCUACAAAACUGGCGGAGAUGUUUAGUGAACUGUACGACAACCAGUGGACUAAUGCUUUCACCGUCUUACAAGACCAGCUGUCAGAGAAAAGCGCUGUCGAAUUUUUGCUAGAUGUCUUUUUACUCGCCUACGAUUUUUGUUCGAGUGAACUGCAGAAGACGUGGCAAUUUGUCUGUAAAUGGUAUAUUAACGAGGAUACUAACACGCAGUUACGAAAACAAUUGAAAGAUGCAAGGAAAGCAAAAGUUUGCUCCUUUCUGAGGAGGUCGCUAAAGUGUUCCUGAGGUAUAUGUACAACGUUUGCAGCGAUGAAAAGGUGAAAGGCUUGCUAUCUGGACCAUUUGUGAAUGGUUACAUUUUGGAAAGCGUGAACAUUGCACUACUCAUGUGUGCCUGCGAUCCACCAGUUGUGGUGGCAUGUCCUGGUUUAGAAGGCAGGCCUGUCUAUUCGAAUAACU